UCUGCACUUUUCGCCUUUCACCUGCACUGUGAGGUUUAAAAGAAUCUGCUGGACGGAUGUAAGCUAAAGCUAGCUACGCUAUGUGUAACUAAAUAUGUAUCCAAAAUAUACCAAAAUAUACUAUAUUGCUAUAGUAAAUGAGUUAGAAUUGUGUGGCUGACGGCAUUUAAGAGGAACUGCGCGCAUGUCUAAUAAAGCAAACAAAUAUAAGAGCGGCACAUAAAGCACCUUUCAUGCAGCUGAAUGUGUCUUUCACACGGAGCCGGAGGAAGAACCAAGUGUAGGAGGGAACUGAGUUUGAGUUUUAAGGGUAAGCCACUGAAGUGUUUCUCAAAUCCCCAUGCGAGUAAUGAGUGUGUCAAGACUUGAUUAAAGCGUCCACCUCUCUCAAAGAACAAGAGACACCCCUAUUACCCCUCUGCUGACUGAAGAUAUUUGAGUUCUGUCAAGGUGGUGUUUGUCAGUGACACGGGAAGAUGCUGCAGCAGAUACUGAUCGACAUGUACAUUGAGCCGGAUCUCCUGGCUGAGCUGAACGAGGAACAGAAACAAGUUCUCUUCUUUAAAAUGAGAGAAGAACAGAUCAGGAGAUGGAAAGAAAGAGAGACACAGCUGGAGAAACAGGAAGCCGCACAUGCCAAAGCCAAAAAAGUUUCAGGAAAGAGUGUGUCGUGGAUGAAGGGUCUGGAUGAUGAUGUUUGGGUUUGGGUGAUGGGAGAACAUCAAAAUGACAAACCCUAUGAUCAAGUCUGUGAUGAGAUCAUGGCCCAGAGAGCAGCCCUGCAGGCCCAGAGAGAGGCUGAGGAACUCAGGGUUAAGAAAGCAGCAGAGCUGGAGAAGCGUUUCUCUGGAAUAUAUCUUGAACCGGAGCAGGUUGUAUUGUCAGAUCAGGAAGUCCAGCAGAAAGCCAAACAGGCUGAGGCUCUUCAACAGAGAAAAGCAGAGGAGGAACUCAAGAAAAUGGAGCAGGAGGAGAGGCGUAAGGCUGAGGAGGAGCUGAGGAGGCUGGAGCAGGAGAGGAAACAGCAGAUUUACCAGUGCCUAAAGGAGGUGCAGAGCAGCAAAAACACACUAGAGGAGGAGGAUAAGGACUGGAAGGAGACAUUGCAGAAGUCUAAAGCUGCAGACAUGCGCAGACGAUCUCUCGCCAAACAGACAAUCGAGGAUCAUCGCAGACGCUCAGUCAAAGCUCUAGAGAGAGGACGUGUAGCAGCCAUGACAAAAGCCUUUGCCAACUCAAAUCCAGCAACUCCACCUAAACCCAAACCCAGAAACACCAGCAAUGCUAUUAAUCGGAAAGGCGGUAUGCGGCGCUCACAGUCAACGUCCAGUCGAGAACAUAUUAUUCGUUGGUUUAAGGAGGAACAGUUGCCCCUCAGAGCAGGGUUUCAGCGCGAUCAAAGCCGGAUCGCCACAUGGUUUCACGGUAUAAUCUCCCGUGAGCAGGCAGAGGAACUGCUGAGCGGUGGUGAGCCCGGGCUUUUCCUGGUCCGCGUCAGUGAGAGGAUCUUUGGAUAUGUGCUUUCCUACCGAUUCAAGGAUGGAAUCAAACACCUGCUGAUUGACUCCUCGGAGAACUGCUACAUGCUGCUGGGAGACCAGAUCAAAUUCAGCUCCCUCAGUGAACUAGUGGAGUAUCAUCAGGUGGAGCCGCUGAGCUCAUCUGAAGGAGAGGAGUUUCUGCUGCAGGCGUGUGGCCAGAGAUCAUCCACAGCAGACUACGCUGACCUCUUUACCUGAUCUACUCCACAAACACACUUCUGGACUUCUACACUGUGAGCUGCACUGCCAAUACACACACACACACACACACAAAGGAAUAACUGCUGAUCAGCAUCUGUGAAGGCAAUUAUGAUUCUGUUGAUGUGCAUCAAAACAUUUCAUAAACACCCCAUUCUAACACUGAAUGAAAUCAGAAGCAUUUUUAACCAUUGCAAAAAAAAAGAGCUUAUUUCUUUGUGUAAUUGAACCGAUAAAACUCAGACAAUAUCUUUUGAACAUAAAACUAAUUUAUAAUAUAACAAUUUUUCAUUUCAGAAAUGUAUAUAUUGGUAUAUACAUGAAUAAUUACGCUCUACCAGCAGGUCAGUAGCUGAAGAAUCAUGAUUUUAGGUUAACAAGCAAUUCAAAGAGUGUUCAUUUUCAUGAAAAUCUCUUUUGGUAUAGCUUUUUGGGUGUAAUAUGAACAUUUAUUUCCUGUGUAAACAAGCAUUAGCACUUUUUGAGGGAGCUAAAAAACAUAAUGAAGGAAACCAUUAAAACGCACUGUUAACUACUG